CGCGUCUGUGAUGUUGUCCUUUGGAUUCCAUUUAUGUAAAGCAUCAUAACCACGCCUGCUAUGGUAAUUGUAACCCUGCUUCCACAUAUUCCACCGCCCAAGCUGUGCAAAUAAAGAGCAGUCUCAAUGGAAAAAUGGCUGUAGGCUCAGCUCUGCACACACAAUGGAUACUGCGUGGAGGGAUGUCCGCCAGGGUAUAUAAGAACGUCUUUACCACAGCGCCGUCUCACAUCUACUUCGCCCAUUACCACCGCCGACUCUUGUAUCGAAAUACCAUGCGGGACCCCUACGCAUACCCUUCGUCGUCUACCACAGAGGCCACCCGGUCGACAUCGUCCAUAACAAACACGCUAAGCGCGAACCCACACUACGCCAUCUACAUGACAGGACCCCCUGUCAAUAACCCGGCUUAUCCGUAUCCAGCACGCAAUGUACUAAACCCUAAUUCGUACCCUGCGUAUACUCCGCUGUUGACGAAGCGGGACAAACAAGGAAAAGACAGGAAGCAUUCCCAGUACAGAUCUGAUGUCCUUGCAAAUUACCGUCCCUUGCCACCACCGUAUUCACCAGACGGUUAUCAAGUCAGAGCGGAGUUUCCGCCGAUCCAGCUUCAGCAGAGGAACAGUGAUGUUCCAUUCGCCAUUAAGGAAACCGGGUGUAUUACGAAUAGCGAGCGGGCCAUCCUGGUCAAAGACUCGGUAAGUCGAACGUCUUCGCUGAGCUCAACGGUGAGUAAUAGUCCCAUUUCUCCAGUGGACCGGGUGCGAGCGACACGCUGCAGAGAAGCGCAUUCCCACCGGAAAAAGACGUGCUCACACGUAGCUUGUUGUUAGUCACCAGAUUAUCGGGAGGCAUACCUUUUGGGAAAAUUGCGUCAUACCUUGUGGGGGGAGUUGCUGGCGACCAGAGAUACUCUGCCCGAGGAGAUGAGUU